UCAUGCUCAUAUACCACGAAGGUUUCGAGCAUGUCUAUCCCUGAGUCUCUGGAUACCAGUGGCCUGACUCGGGGCUCCCGAAUGAUCAACUAAAUGAUCGAGCACGGGAGUAUUAAUGUUAAGUACCAGUGGCGGAUCCAGACAAAUCCAUUUAAGGGGGCCCCAGUGACAUGAGGUGGAAUGCCAAGGGAGGUUUGGAGGAGGACCGUGAGCGGCUGCAGGACGUUUUUUUUUUUUUUUUUUUUUUUUUCGGGGAGCACAACGUCCAUAAAGAACACCUACGGUAUUUCAAAGUACACUAGUAUGCAUUAUAUUGUACUUGGAUGUCCGGGGAAGGGGUGCCCAUCCUCAGAACACCACCCCACCCCACCCCGCGUCUGUGUAUGUAAUUUUAGACGCAUGUCCACUGUAAACAAGAAACGUCAAAAGCUAUUCAAGGCUUAGUCAAUUAUGUGUGAUGACCCCAGAACGUUGACCAAUGAAAUCCUUGCUGACAUCAUAGCUCCGCCUGCUUACGGUUCUCCUCUUUGUCGGCGAUUGUGUGUAAAAAUAGAACAGGACGAUUUCGUGAAGUGUCGUGGUGUAACGGGAAAAGAUGUAUUCUGUGUACAUUUGCAGUAGAACGAUUCCAUAAUAUGUGAUCACAAAGUCGUGUCGGUGACCUGCCUAGAACGAGGUCAGCCGGGGAACCCCACCCAGGCCACAGUGCUGGGGGCGUGUGGUCAGCGAGUCAGACCCUCGACACAACUAGAGGAAUACUAUCAAGCAAAGACACGAUAUUUUACAAUUAGGCAAUUUUACUACGACACCAUUGAUUUUUGUGGGUCACCAAGAACGGUUUCCAUGGAUACAUCGGCAUUCCCCACCCUAGGAUAUACCGGCUUUGGACGAGUAGUUUAAAUGGAUUGGACCUGGCAGUUUGAUGGAGAAUGCAACUGAUGUAUGUUCAGUUUCACGAAAGAGGUGUUUGCAAUUCCAUUAUCGGUUCAGUUUUCGUCUGAAGUGAAUUCCGAAAAUGUCUCAGAGCUUACUCAAAGGCAAACGGUUCUUCUGUCGGGAGUGGGCAUUCAGUAAAGUGAACCACUGUUUAGAAAACAGACCCGCUUCUAAAACAUGCGGGGCGCUGGUGAUGGGCGGGCCUGGGUGUGGCAAGUCGGCACUGUGCUGCGAACUCGUCUGGCCCACUGUCACGACCGGCAAACAGACCAGCCUGCACAAACGCCUUUUAGCUUACCAUUUCUGUCAAGCGCACGAUAUCGAUACGCUGUCCAUUGUGAAUUUCAUCGGCAACAUUGUUCGCCAGCUGGUGAACAGCGAUCUGAUCGAGGGGUACCGAGAGAGAGUCGAGAAUCCUGCCAUGCAAAAAUUACUAGACCCAGACGAAUGCGAGCGCAACCCCGACGAAACGUUCAAACGGGCCGUCGUCGAACCCCUGUCGGAAAUUCCACCUCCACACCACACGCUGUUCCUGCUGGUGGACUCGAUCGACGAGUCUUACCUGCAGACCAUCAAUGAACGUGUCACCUGCAGCAGGACCAUCGCCGACUUGCUGGCAAACCACCACCCCUCCCUCCCACCGUGGCUCCUGUUGAUCUGCUCCUCUAGGAAGCAGAGUAAAACGGUGAACCGAAUGUUCACGGGGUUCAGGAAGAUCAGUCUGGACGACCUGAGAAAGUCUCACAUUGUCCGAGACGUCCAGCAGUACAUCCUUUGUCGCCUGGAUCAGGAGGAAGCGCUCAGACAACACCUGAGCAGGGACACGGCAGAGAUGCUGAACCAGUUGCAUAUUAAAAGUAAUGGUUGCUUCCUCUAUUUGGAGAAGGUCUUGGAUGGUGUUGCGGAGAACUUCAUAAUGUUGCGAGAGAUCCGAGAAAUACCGGGCACGUUAAAUGGAUUAUAUCUGUGGUUAUGUCAAAGACUUUUCAUUAGGAAACAGUUUGUGAAGAUCCAGCCCAUUCUUAAUGUUAUGUUGGCCGCACAGCGACCUUUGUCUGAAAACGAGAUAUUUUCUUGUGCUAAAACCCGUAAUUCUACACUUACCAGAGAAGAGUUUGACAGGAGAUUAAAACUGAUGACAAAAAUACUCAUCGAUGGUCCAGGUGAAACUAAGAUUUUAUUUCAUCACAGUUUUGCCGAAUGGAUGUUAGAUGUGAAACACUGCACACAGAAAUAUUUGUGUAAUGCUAGCGAAGGCCACGGUAUGCUGGCAAUGCACGCUACAACAAAUGGUCCCUCUCUUUCAGCAGCGGAAGUUCAAGAUUUCGUUCUGCAUCUGGUGAGAGCUAAUUUUCAACCGCCUAUUCAGCAUUACCACAUAGUUCACUGGUUAUUACUGUCGGGGGCGCAGGUGGAAUCGAGCUUGUCAGCCGCCAUGCCGAAAGAUCAGAAAGUUUUGAAAGUUUUAUUGGACGCAGGGGCAGUGAUGCCAUGCAGUGAGCGUUCGAGUGGCGGAGUGGAACCAGACUCGGAAAGUGUGGAAACUGUAUCUGCUAUACAGGAAUUGGAUAUACCACUAGACCAGGUUGACGGUAAUGGUAGAACUCUGCUCCACACGGCGGCCUAUCAAGGUAACACACAGGUGGUAAAUCUGCUAAUACAGAGAGGCGCGAACGUGGAAACAGUAGACAAAACUGGACAGACGGCGCUGAAUCUAGCAGCCAGGCAAGGUUAUAACGAUGUCGUGGUUGCUUUGCUGAAAACCAAAGCCGAUGUGGAUCACGCAGACAACGAUGGGUGGACGGCGUUGAGAUCUGCAGCUUGGGGCGGCCACACCGCUGUUGUCGGGACGCUGUUGGACGCCGGGUCGCAGGUUGAUCACGCCGACAGUGAGCAGAGGACUGCCUUGAGGGCAGCGGCUUGGGGAGGACACGAGGACAUUGUCCUCAAGCUGCUCGAACACGGGGCAGACGUCAACAAGGCCGACAAUGAGGGUCGGACGGCGCUAAUAGCGGCGGCGUACAUGGGCCACGUGGAAAUUGUCACCCACAUACUGGAUUAUAACGCAGACAUCAACCACGAGGACUGCGACGGCAGGACGGCGUUGUCGGUGGCGGCGCUGUGCAUCCCUGCCAGCGAGGGCCACGAAAGGGUGGUCAGCCUGCUGUUGGAAAGGGGGGCCUGCGUCGACCACCAGGAUCAUGAUGGUAUGACUCCCUUGGUCGUCGCCGCGUACGAAGGCCAUCACGACGUCUGUGAAAUGUUGCUGGAGUGGGAUGCCGACGUCAACCACUGUGACCACAACAACAGGACGCCGCUGUGGGCGGCGGCGUCCAUGGGCCACGACCGCGUAGUUGCACAGCUGUUGUUCUGGGGUUCUGCAGUCGACCAAAUUGACGCCGAGGGCCGCACCGUCCUCUGCAUCGCCGCAGCUCAGGGCAGCGUCACCGUGGUGCAGCAGUUGCUGGACAGAGGACUGGAUGAGAUGCACAGGGACAACUCGGGCUGGACGCCUCUUCACAUGGCGGCGUACGAGGGACACCGCGAGGUGUGUGAAGCUAUUAUUGAGCAGGGAGCGCGGAUUAAUGAAAUCGACAAUGAUGGCCGGCACCCACUGAUUCAUGCGGCACAGGAAGGUCACGUGGCAGUAGUGGCGACACUUCUUGAACACAACAUAGACCAGGAUCACAGGUCACAUGACGGGAAGACUGCUCUGCGGGUGGCUGCUAUUGAAGGUCACAAGGACGUAGUGGAGCUGCUGAUCACUAACGGCGCUAACCUCAACUACAAGGACGCUGAUGGACGCUCCACUCUGUACAUCCUGGCCCUGGAGAACCACCUGUCGAUGGCUGGGUUUCUCCUCGAGAGCGGCGCCGAUGUGGAAUGUGUCGACCUCGAGGGGCGCACCGCCCUGCACGUGAGUGCCUGGCAGGGUCACUACCAGAUGUCAGAGCUCCUGAUCGCACAUGACGCCAACGUGAACGCCGUCGACAAUGACCAGCGGACAUCGCUGCAGUCUGCCGCGUGGCAGGGUCACGAGCGCGUCGUCAAGCUGCUGCUGGAGAAGGGGGCCUUCGUGGACCACACAUGUAACCAGGGGGCCACGGCACUGUGCAUCGCCGCCCAGGAGGGCCACGAGGAUGUGGUGAAUGUCCUGCUCCAGUACCAUGCCAACCCAAACCAUGCCGACCAGUUCGGGCGAACCCCUAUCCGAGUAGCCAUGAAGAGCGGGCACAACUCGGUGUGUAAGGUCCUCGAGGAGUUCGGAGCCAGCCCAGUGAACGGGUCAAAGAGUCGCAGUUCCUCGUCCACGUCGAGUAAUGAGACCAAGCCACUGACGACCAAUCCUCCCAAAGGAAGCACCCGGUCCACAGGCCACGUGAACAUCCUUCACAGCUCCCCGUCGGAUUCACCCGAGUCAACGUUCGACCGGAGGAAAUCCUAUCACUCAAACAAUUCGUCGAAAUCCUCGAGCAAUAUGACAUCCUCCACCAACCAGAGUUCACAGAGUGGGAACUUAGUGAACAUGGUCAAAUCGACGGACCACGAGUGUUUGACGUUCACACAGCAAUUACAGCAGUGCUCAAUGGGGAAAAACAGGUCACGGCCCAUAAGCAGAGUGCUCUCCCCUGUCAGCGAGCCUCAGAGUCCCGUGCAGUCCCCACCGACCUCCCCCGUGACUGAAUCUCACAAACUGUCUGCUGAUGUCCACGUGUCAUCAUCGGAAAUAGAACAUAACGUUAACCUCCUGGCACCUUCGCCGGUCAAAUUCGCGAGUCUCAAACAGGAAAAAAUCUCAGCAACUAUCAAUAUUAUUACCAAUCCCAACGUCGAGUUGAUAAACACUGAGGAGCCCAUUUGGCAGAUUAACCCUUCCCACUUUCAGAACAUGAAGAGGAAUUUGUUACAGCAGCGAGGGCUGGUGCCGGACUCUCCCACCAAGAUGGUCAUGGGACACAGCGGACUACACAUGCGCUCGCCGGAGAUGAGACGCAAGAGAAAUGGGAUCGUUACUAACCCAAAAAUCACCAAGAGUCCCAGUGUGAACGCAGACAUCAUCAAGUCUCCCUUGCAUGGUGUGAACGGCCACUCGUCUCACUACAAUAAGUUGUCGGGGGACGGCAGCCAGUCGGCAGCCAGCCCAGUGCAUACGAAUGGCUACACAAACAUUGCCCCUGGUGCAGUACCAACCAGUGGUGGGAAGGGUCCGGUGAGGCCUAAUGGAUUACCAUUGAAAAAGGAGACACCUUUAUGACUAGGAAACUAGUCCACUAGCUGGAAAACCUAAUGUCAUCACAAUGAGUAAGAAAAUCCUGUGGAUUGGUUGCUGUUAAGAAAUGUAUGACUUGUCAAGCUGUUGUGUCAUAAACAUAGUUUACUGUCCGUGGCAGUGCAGUUUUAAGUAGAAGCAGUAACCAACCUGUUCAAUGCAGCAAGUGACUUUUUAAUGUACAUGUGUAUGGAUAUACGAUAAAUCAUGAAAUUUCAGCAAUAUUGCUUUUAUCAAGAACCGGUACACCAAAGCAUUAUUAUCUUGAUUUAAAUAGUGUGUUAAAAACAAAACACAUGUACAAAUGUACCUUCAUAUCAGGUAUACAUAAUACUUUUGCUACAGUAAUAAAAAUUGCUGUUAACAAGUUGGAAAAAAGUCCCACCUACAUGUACAUUUAAAAAAAAAAUGUAAACAUAAAGUUUGUGCUUGUUUUGUUUUUACCUUUUGCUACAUUUAAAACCAAUGACCUCUUUGUCACAUUAAAAUUCAUUCGGAAAGAAAUAUCUACGCACAUUUGUUCCAUUUUUGGAAUACUAAAGAAAAUGUAUUACUUAAUAUGAAGUAAUAUUAGCACUGUGAAUUUUGCUAAUAUUUCAUAGUUUACAAUAUUUUUAUUAGCUCCGCUAUGAUGUUAAUUUGCAGAGCUUUUCUAAUACCAAUUUGUCUGGCAUCUGUCAUCCAUCAACUUUCCUUUGAUGUCUAUCUUUUAGAGUUUUGACUGACUUGUUCUGAAACUUGGUACAAUGAUCCUCUAGGGCAUUCUGUACAAACUAAUGGAGAGAUAUUUCAUAAAUUAGACAUUUUUAUUCAGUGUUUUCAAAGUUUCAAUUAAAAUUUUCAAUGUUUAUCUUCUAGAUUUUUGACUGGAUAGUUCUGAAACUCCGUACAAUGAUUCUCAGGGUCAGUGUUCAUAAAGAUUAAUAGAGCGAUAUUUAGAAUGUUUUAAUUUAAUAUUUAAACUUUUAAAAGUCUAUCUCUUCCUAGAGUUUUGAUUGGAUAGUUCUGAAGCUAAGGUUACUGAUGGAAAGAAAUAAGAGAACUCAUGGAAUUUAACAUCACGUUUAAUUCACUACUAGACUAGUUAUGUCAGUAUAAAAGACAGAUUUAAAAUACACCUGUGACGUAUCUGUAUUGUUUCAAUGCUCCAUUAUCUUUCAGUAAUGGAGCGAUGAUCCCUUAACUCUCCAUUACUAAGAGAAAUAUAGAUAAUAUAUAUAUAUAUAUAUAUAUAUAUAUAGAUAGAUAGAUACAUAUAGAUAGACAUAAAGUCAUUAUCUAUUGGUGUAUUUUAAGUAGGGGAAUAUCCUCGUAACUCUCCAUUCCUGAAAAAUAAUGGGAAUCGGCCCUAUAGGGCCUCGUCUACAUUGUUUUUCACGAAUGGAGUUACUCGGACAUUCCUUAUAUAUAAUGUGGAAUUAAUUGUCAGUACUGAAAAAAACUUUGUUUGUUUGUUUAAUGACACCAGUAGAGCAUAUUGAUUUAUUAAUCAUCGGCUAUUGAUAUAUAGUUUUAAAGAGAAAACCCGCAACAUUUUUUCGUUAGUAACAAGGGAUC